CGCUGUGGUAGAGGCUCAAACCUGGAUGAAAAUAAGGCGCUGAAUGAGUGAGAGUUUCGCAUGAAGUUCAACUUUCAUCAGAAGUCAGCAGUAGCAUGUCCGCUGAUGGUAACAGAGAUCUCAAAGCUGAUGGAAAUGACCAGAAGGUCCAAAGUGGAGAAGCUGAGAUGCUGUCAAAGAGGCAGAAAAAGAGGCUCCUCAGGCAGCAGCAGUGGGAAGAGCAAAGAGACCUACGCAAGCAGAAGCGCAAGGAGCGGAAGCAGCAGAGGAAGCUGGAAAGGCAGACACAGGCUGAGGACGGAGCUGACAGCAGAGUCAAGAAGCGCCUGCGUAGUGAGGCAGAGCCCAGCCCUCUCCGCCUGAUCCUAGACUGCAGCUUUGACAGCCUUAUGGUGCUAAAGGACGUAAAGAAGCUCCACAAGCAGAUCCAGAGGUGCUAUGCAGAGAACAGAAGAGCAGCACACCCCGUGCAGUUUUAUAUAACAAGUCAUGGUGGGCAGUUGAAACAAAACAUGGAUGAAAUUAACAAAGGCUGGGUGAACUGGAAGGACAUCCAUAUCAAGCCAGAGCACUUUCAUGAAGUCUUAAGCAAAGAGGAUUUGGUGUACCUUACCUCUGAUUCACCCAACGUACUGCAGGAGCUUGAUGAAACUAAGGCCUAUGUGAUUGGGGGCCUAGUGGACCACAACCAUCAUAAGGGAAUCUCCUUAGAGCGUGCCAAAGAGCUUGGAAUUUCUCAUGCCCAACUACCACUGGGCAGUUUUGUCAAAAUGAACAGCCGCAAAGUGCUUGCCGUCAACCAUGUGUUUGAGAUUUUGCUGGCGUACCUGGAGAAACACGACUGGCAGGAGGCGUUCUUCACCGUGCUGCCCCAGAGGAAAGGAGCCGUACCCUUGGACCAAGAGGACACGCAGGAGCAGGACAGCGAAGACGACGACCACUCUGACAGAGACUCAGGCUCCUGCAAUCCAGGCAUACGAAAGGAUGAAGACACACAGGAUAUACCAGAAUACAAGCAGGAAGGACAUGAAAAUCUACCAGAUUUGUGUGAACACGCUGCAGAAUAGAAUGAAAUUACCUCAAGUAUUAUUUUAAUUUUUUAUUUUAUUUUUUUUUUGCCAAUGAUUUGGAAUGAUUUUUUUUUUUUUACGUCAUGUAUUAUUUUUUAAAAUGUAUUUAUUUUUCCCAGUGAUAUGGAAUCGCAUUUUUUUCUUUCUUGCCAGUCUCCAAGUUAUGUAUAUUGCUACAAUUUAGGCAAUUUGGGAAAUAUGUUUUUUGUUGUUGAGUUAAUUCCUCGCUAACAUUAAAACUGCUGCCUAA